GGCCAUGGAAGGGAGUCCCCCUCCCCACAAGAGGGCCCGUGCACACGGGAGCUGAGGAGGUGCGAACGGGGUUCUGAGGAGAAAUGGCCCCACUCCCUUCCCGUACCUGGGCACGAAUCCGUUGCUGGGCAACGACACCUCAUGAGUUUCCGCCCUGCAGCUAGAGGCCCCGGCUCUGGCUUUGUGAUUGGCUGAUCACCUGUGCUCUGUUGCCAUGGUGACAGCGUGCGGCUCCUAGAAGGGGGGCGACAGCCGGCUUGAGAGCAGCAUGAACAGGAAGAAGCUGCAGAAGCUCGCGGAGUCGCUGUGCCGGACGGCGAAGCACUUCAAUAAAAUUGAAGUGGAAUGUCUAAUAAAGCUCUUCCACACGCUGGUAGUUGAACCCAGUGAUCGGCAUGUUGUUAUUGGCUUAGAUCGUAACAUGUUCAGAAACAUUCUGCAUGUCACAUUUGGGAUGACAGAUGACAUGAUUAUGGACAGAGUGUUCCGUGCUUUUGACAAAGACAAUGACAGCUGUAUCAGUGUAACAGAAUGGGUAGAAGGUUUAUCAAUAUUUCUUCGAGGAACACUAGAAGAAAGAAUAAAAUAUUGUUUUGAGGUCUACGAUCUGAACGGUGAUGGAUACAUUUCACGAGAGGAAAUGUUUCAUAUGCUGAAGAAUAGCCUGCUAAAACAGCCAUCAGAAGAAGAUCCCGAUGAGGGAAUUAAGGACUUGGUAGAAAUAACACUGAAGAAAAUGGACUACGACCAUGAUGGCAAGCUCUCUUAUACAGAUUUUGAAAAAGCUGUAAGAGAUGAAAAUCUUCUCUUGGAAGCAUUUGGACCAUGUUUGCCAGACAUGAAGAACAGCAUGGCAUUUGAAAUGCAGGCAUUCCAAGAAACUGGUGAUCUGUAACUCUGCAACUGGAAAACUACUGUAAAGGCCUGUUUCUCGGCAUCAAUUUUCUUAAGACGGUAAAAAUAGCAACAAGUCUGAACUCUAUAAUAUACCUCAGCAUUCCUUAACUUCAGUAUACCUGCUAAUGAAGAAAUGAGUAAGAGGAUUACAAGGACAUUUGAAGGAGUUAAUAUUUUAUACCUCAUGAAAUGCUAUCUGUCUACUGAGGUACCAAAGUGCUACAAAUUAUAGACGCUGGUUUCACAAAAUGUAAAAAAAUACAAGAUGUAUAAUCAUGAAUGUUUAUGCUACUGCUUGAAAAUACAAUUUAAUAUUUCUUUACCUCUGACAUUACAAAAAUAAAAAAUCCUUGAAAUUACAUCCUGUAAAGGCAGAUAACACCAAAGAUGCUACCAGUGGUAUCUAUAUUCUUCUUCUCUGCUUUAUCGGUGGCUUUGUUUGACUAUCCUCUGGUUUUUCCCCAGAUGUUUUUGGAACAGUAACUGAUACCUAGUUUAAAAAGGAAAAAGUUCAAGCUCAAUGCAUUGUUAUUAUUCCUUCUUCUGUUACUUUUAGAAUAAAAGGUCCCUGGAUAUGUAUGUAACUUAGAUAUUUGAAUUUUAGGAUCAAAGUAUAAUAUCUGUUCAUUGCAAUUGUAUUAUAAAUUUUCCCCCGCAUAAAGUGAUAGAUAACAUUCUCUUACAAAAACAGUUUUUAAUGCUUAGAAUGAAAUACUGGGGAAACAGUACAGCAUCAACAAGAAAGUGAAUCAGUGACAGUCAACUUGCUUUAUUCAUUUUGAAUCAAGAGCUUGCAUACAGCUACAGAUCUACUGAAGUAAUUCAGUCCACUUGUGAAGUGAAAUGCUACUCUGUGUGAGAAGAAAUAUCAGUGGCUGGCCCUAUACAGCCGCUAGUAAACUGCAUUUUAAAAGUUGUAUGUUCCAAGAUUGAAUGCUUUAUUCCUGGUUUCAAAAUGCAAAAAGGCUGUUUGGAAUAAAAUGAACCCAAAUAUUUUGUCAAAAACAUGAGUUUUUAUGCCAGUCCCUUAUAGUGUCCCCAAAGAAAAGUCAAAAAGCAUUCAUUAAGCUUUCAUAUCAUGCAAGCUUAUUUUUUAAGAUAUAGCCUCUGGAUCUCUUUUAAAUUAUAUUAAUUGGAGAAAGACAGACCAAACUAUCACUGCAUUAUUUACUCAUGUAUUUAGAAAAAGCAGUUCAAAUUUAAUAUUUUUGCUUAACUUCAGAACUGCUGCUAUCUUAAGCCAUCUUACUUGUUUAACCCUUUUACUGUUUGAAAAAACAAAAAUAAUCGUGAGCCUCUCAUUGCGAUAUAGCUGUGCAGGUAAAAUAUUUCAUGUGGGGCAGUACACAAUAUCUAUGAAGGAAGUAUGAACAAUUUUCAAAUAACUGAAAGGCAAAGAAAAGGAAAUUCUAAUAUAAGGCCUGUCAAGCGGGUCGAUCUGCCGUUUCCCCCAUCCCUAGGCCAAUCAGGGCCUGGAGAGCAUACAAAGUCUCCUCCCCUACCAGGGGCGGCACACGGUGCUUAGAGUCAACCACCUGGGUUGACUCUUAAGGUGCCCCUUUGAUUAAAAUGGCUUAAUAAAGACGUCUGAAAUCCAGAUAUGCUCUAGAUCAAGGAUGGGGAACCUCAAGCCCAGGGGCUGCAUGCAGCCCCUCGCUUGUCUGGUUCUGUCCCCCAAAGCUCAGGGGCCUCCCCAGCCUGUGCUCCAACUUGCCCCCUACUAAUCCACUGCAGGACUGGAGCACUCAAGAUCUACUGGGCUAGGCUACCUAUGCCCAGUUCUAGUGUGGGAGGAGAAUGUGGGGAAUGUCUUUCUUCUUCUCAGACGGGGGACACAUCAAUGAGGGUUUUUGGUUUGUUUGUUUGUUUUUAAUUCUCAUUUGUGUGCAGCCCCCAAAUGAUUCUACUUUGGGUCAUUGGCACCCCAACCCAAAAAAGGUUCUCCACCCCCAUAUAUUUCACCUGUCUUUGCAGUUAAGUAUAUGUAGAAAAUGAAUUAAUAUGAAAAAUGAAUAGCAUCUUGAUGUUACUUUUAUUUCUAAAAAUGGCAGAAAACCAAACCUAUAUCAAAUGAAAAUAUUUCAACAGCACAAAGUUGGUGCAGCAUCAAAAUGAUUCUGAAAAUAUUAUGAUUACAGAGA